AUGAAAAGCUUCAUUUUCCUUGUUGUGAGUUUGGCAGUUUCAUCUGCAAUACCACCAAACAAGGUGAGAGCUCAAUCUUUUUUAUUUUAUUUUAUUUUAGUUAUCUUACAGCAAAAGAUUUUUUUAUGUUUUUUUUCACCACCAACUCAUAUUAAUCAAUCUUGUCAACUAUGGUCUCCUUUGUUUUUGUAGCUCAUAAUAAUGUAUUAGUUUCAGUUUGUUUCAUAACAGGUGUGAAACUACCAACAGGAGCUUUAACGCUCAACACACUGCUGUACAUAUCAGCAAAAUCAGGAAUUGGAUUGUUGACCAAAAGACACCUAUCUUUUUUAAUAUCUAAGAAUUUCUAAUGUCUGAUACAGAGGAAGUGAUUGACUCUGUUUUAGAAAACAAAACAAAUGUACAGUCGAUGUAAAAUGUUUAAAAGGUAGAAUGAUAAUAAAAAGCAGCUUAAAUCAUUAUUAAUGAAGUGUUUUAAGCAGUGAGCAGAAUUCCUAUAAAGGUGUGAUAUAUAAUGCAAUUUACCUUAAUGAAAAAAACACAUCUAUUGGAUCUAUUACAACUUUACCUGGUUUUAAAGACUUAUAAAGAACUCAUUCAAUAUAAUGUACACAAAAAGUUGUAAUUCACACAAUUCCCAAUUAGAAAAAGUCGAAAUGAAUACUCACAACAUGCUAAAGCAGGACUAAGGGCACUUAACACACUGAUGAGAAUUUACAGACGGUAUUCUGUAGCUGUAAAAAAAGUGUCAGACAAAAAUACUUUACAACAGGAAUAUAUUUUUAUAGUUAUUUUUUUUUCCUUUUGCGUUACAGUUAAUUACAUCAUGAGCCACUUCUUUAUAAAGGAUUUUGUGCUCAUUCCUAAAUCACCUUAUAAAUGUUACUAUAAGCUGUUAUGAAUGCUUAUUAUCACUCAUGAGGAUUGUUAUAAAUGUGCUUAUGUAGCAUUAAAAAAGUGGGUUUAUAUAAAGUGUUUCCAGUUUUACUUUAAGUUCUUUGAAUGAGAGCUACAUCUUUCAAUGUUCAUGUCACCUAAUAUAUAUAUUUUUUCUUUCUUUUUUUCAGAAAGGACCAGAAAUAGUGGGUAAGUUGCACUUUUUGAUGUCCUAAAUGAUGUUUUUUUUUUUUUUUUAUUCUCUAAGUUGGUUCAUUUUUAUUCAGUUUUGCUUAAGGCAGCAUCUCAUCUGUGUUUGUAGAAAUCGGUGUUGAGAAAAGCAUUGACGAAAUAAACAAAGGUAAGUUUGCACAUCUCUGUUUCAAUGAUAUUAUUAGCUUGCAGUGGGAAAUUCUACAGUGCACUUUUACUGUCUCUCCAUCGUCUUGUUAGCGAUUGGUAGUUGUGUACAGAAAGUCAUUAACUUCAUAUGCUUUGUGACAGAUUCAGGACACGAUGACAUUCUGGAGGUAAGCACAGCAUUUUAUAAUAAAUCAUUUGCAUGUUUUUUGUUUUUGUUUGUUGUCAGUUUCAUCAAAUGCUUUCUUAAAAAUUAAUUUUCAGACACCAAACAUUCAAAGGAGCUCAACAAAUAAUGAUGACAUACUGUGGCCAUCCCCCGUCCCAUAUGUGUUGGACAGCAGCCUCGGUAGGUGUGAGGGAGGAGUGACUGCACUCUGUUGAAUAGUUAGCAAAAUAUGCUGUUUAGCUUCACAGUAGAAAAAAGUGGUUAAAAAAGCACAAAAGAACUUGCUGGACUUGAAUGUUUCAGAUGUUAAGUCGAUAAAGUUUUCACUGUUUUUGACUAAAUACAAAGAUAGAAGAUUGACGUCUAUCUUAACUGAUUUCAGUCAUCAUUUCUGUUCUUUCCCCAUUACAUCAAACCCAUGACUGACGGCAGAUGCAAAUGCUAAAGGGGUCAUCUUGAAGGCCUUUGACCAGUUCAGGUUGAAGUCAUGCAUCGACUUCAGAGAAAGGGACUCAGAGGAUUAUUACAUAAAUGCCAAAAAGUUAGAUGGGUAUGUAUUAUAUCAUUCACUUUCCUUUAUUCCUUUCUUUCUCUGUGCUUUUCAUACCUAACUACUGAUGACAGUUCAUCCAAGCAGGAAUAUGAACAUGUUCUUUGUCCUGUUCAUGAAGACAGUUCCUUCACAAACAUCAAGAAUAACAUUUUGCCGACUUACUGAUGAGACCUUUUUUUCUAGGUGUUUUUCAUAUAUUGGGAGAGUAAUUGCGGGCGGGCAAGAUCUUUCCAUUGGGCAAUACUGUGACGAGAUUUCCACCAUUGAGCACGAGUACCUUCAUGCUCUUGGGUUCAACCACGAGCAGAGCCGAUACGACAGAGAUGACCAUGUGACCAUUAUCUAUAAGAACAUCCUUCAAGGUUUCUUCCUCCUGGUCUUUUAAUGUGUUAGGUCUUAGCCUAGAAAAUAGUUGAUAACAGACGUGUUCGGAACAAUAAAGGUCUGUCAAAAAUGUAAUCAACUGAGACAUCAGUUGAAAAUACUUUUUAAAACAAAUGGUUGACUGUCAAAUGAAAUAAGCAGUGCAUGGUACUUACUUUGUUUAUCAAUAUCUCAAUGUUAUAGUUUGUUUUUCUGUUGCUUCUUUAUUAAAUUUGUCACUGCUAAUAGGUUAAAAAUAUAUUUCUGAGCAUUAGAAGAGAAUUAUGAUCUACUGCAUGGUCUUCAUGUGCUUAAAGCAGCAUGCUGUAACUGAUCGACGAUUUUGACAUGUGUCAUCCAGGGUUUGAGAGUAACUUUGAUAAAGCCAGCAAAGCAGAGAGCACCACCAACGGACUGAGGUACGACUACGAUUCAGUGAUGCAUUAUGGGAAAGACGCUUUCUCUAAUGGCAACGGUUCAACAAUCAUCACCAUUGAUCCAAAGUUCCAGGAUGUCAUUGGUCAAAGACUGCAAAUGAGUCCCACUGAUGUUCAGGAGCUGAACCUGCGCUACCAGUGCAGUAAGUGCUUGAAGUUCGAGUCACAGUCUGAGUGCUUCUAUUUUAACAUGUAAGAUCAAAACAAACAAAGACAUAAAGUAUUGUAAGAAUUAAAGUGGCAUAAUAAUACUAAUGAAAUUUGAUGAUUCACAUGCAAAUACUUUCAAUCAGAGAAGCUCCAUGAUUUGACUUGAAAUAUCCAAAAUCAUUCAUUUUCUUCCCCUUCUGUUUUUGUUCUCCUCCACAGACUCAACUAUUGCUUUUCAGUUUUACUGUGGCUUCACUGAUGGAGACGCGUGCCAAAUGAGCAGCUGUUCACAGGGCGGCAUUGAGUGGGAAAAGUCAAGUCGGGUUGCAGCUGGUCCUGUCUCUGACCACACCAACCUACCUGGUGGUGAUGGCACAAGUGGUGGUAAGAUAUAAAUGCUAAAAUUUCAAUUUUUGACUUCAGGCAAUGUGGAAAAUCAUGCAUCCUAAAUCUUGCUUUAAAAACCUAAAAUAAUUCAAUUUUUGCAGCAAAAAACUUUUUAUUUUCUAUUGGAAAGAACUGAUUUUUACCAAAAGACUAAAAACACACUGACACUCUCCACGCUACCUGGUCCAAAAAAUAUUAAAAUAUUAUGGCAUAUUCAUUUUAUAUUGUCUCACACACCCAGAAGCUGUAUGAACCAAGCAAGAAGAAAGUAAAACAGGAAGCUCUUGAUGCAUCAAAAAUAUCAUUGUAUUUAGAGCCACAUAGAUAUUGACUGUACAUGUAUUCGUACCAAUUUAUUUUAGGUCAAAAAAACAGUUACUUCAUGCAUGCCAGUACAGCAUCAGGCCAGGAGGAAGACUCAGCAUGGCUGGAGACCAAGAGGAUAACCCCCAAAAGAGACUGUAAUGUUCAGUGCCUUCAGUUCUACUACUACCACAGUGGGAGCGAGUCAGACGAACUAAACAUCUGGAUCAGAGAGUUUGAAGAUCAGUUCGAUGUCAGAGGAACUGUCCGUCUCAUGGGACAGAUCAGCGGUAAUGUAUAAAGAGCCCUUCUUAACAGUCAUUCAUGAUAGGCAGUGUUGACUAUUCACAUUCUGAAACUUAGUCAACCAUGAACUUUCCUCCAGGUCAACCAAAAUCUUACUGGCAGAUCAAGCACAUUUCCCUGAACGCCACCAAGGACUUCCAGGUGGUGUUUGAGGCCCGUAAAGGAGCAGGAAACUCUAGGGGUGGCUUCUCCAUUGACGACAUCAACCUGUCAGAGCUUGAAUGUCCACAUGUCACACUACAGUUUGACAAUUUUGAGAACCUUUUGAAUACCAGUGCCUACGGAACCCAGUUAUUCAGCCCACGGCAGUACUCCAGGGGGGGCUAUGCAUACACUGUUGGGGUUGUGCUAUACGAGACAUUUAUUGGUAUGGUUGUGCGAAUGGUGUCAGGUGAAAAUGACGACGAGCUAGAAUGGCCUGUCCCUAAUAGGCAGGUAACCUUUGGAAUGGUGGAUCAGACGCCCAAUAUCCAGAUUCACAUGACCAAGCAGAGGAGUAUCACCAGUGACCGGAGUGUAAACUCAGGUAAGGAAUCUGAUCUAUUUUGAGCACAUAAAACAUUAAUCACACUCUGUUUUUUUAUCAUCAAAGUUGUACAUGUUUUUUUUUAAAGAAGGAAAGCUGAACUGGGGCGACCCAAGUGAGGUUGGAACUCCAUCAGUCAAUGAGAACAACGAGACCACCUAUGCUGGACCUUUGCUCGGCCGAUAUUAUUUUGCUGAUUUUGAAGACAUAAAAUCCAGACAAUACCUAAAGGGAGGGAGUGCUGUUUUUUCCUUCACCUUCCAAGGUAGGACAAUGUUUUCGUUCCGUUCUGUUUUGUUUUUUUUCUGCUAGUUUGUUAAAUCUUUUUGACCCAAAUCCAGAUCCUGAGGACUACACUCCUGACACUUAAUUCUUUUCUAGAUUUAACUCCUCUGGUUAAUGGGAAUACCCUGCCAUGCCCUGAGCUGAGACCAGUGCAAAUGAGACAAGCUACAGCUCAGCUUAAUGGCCCGUGUUUUUCAGGGUGAGGCUUUGUAUUAUCUUCAAAACAGCCAAUGAUUUGAUUAAACAGAUUAAUGUCUAAGUUUGAGGCACUACCAUCAGUGUUACUCUUUAAAAUAUCCCCGAUAAAAUAUUGAAGUGGGGCCAAUGUGAUCAGCAAAUGACAUCUAACAUUAACAGGAAGGAUACUCUAUCCAAGAAUGCACUCACUAUUGUUGAUGUGGAGUUUGCAUUAGAUAUUAUAUCUACAUCUUUGUGUCUGAUCAUUCGGUCUGACUGAAAAACAAGCUUCUGCAGGACAAUAAACUUUUUGAUGUCAUUUCUGCAGGACCCCACCUCCUCUCCCUAAGACCACUGAUGACCACAUGUAAUUAUAUUUCUUCAUGAUUCACUUUUGCAGUAUUAUGGUAGCUGUAAAAACUGGAAGCUAGAAUUAUGUUGUAAAGAGAUUGGUUGACAUUUUGCAUGACCUGUCAUGUACUUUAUUUAAGUUCAAACAAGAGAACAGUAUCUUAUAAAUAAACAAAAAAAUCUGCUUUUUAGACAUACAUGCCUAGUGUUAAUAGCUUACAUAAUGUGGUAUUGAGAUAAGCAUCAAAGUUUGAUUCAUACAUGGUAAAAAAUGAUGCAUCUAAUUUUUCAGGAUCCAUCCCACGUCCGGUUGGCCUCCUCUGAAAACAACAGAUGACAUGUAAUGAGAAUUUAUUAUAUUUCACCUUUCGGAUGUUUUAUUUGCUGUGUAAAAACCUUGUAAAGAGUCAUGUGAUGCAAUUCUGCAUAUAUCUAUUACAAACAUUGACUCAGAAAAGCACUAACGAUUUAUCAUUGGCACUGAAAAAGCAUAUUAGCUUCAUUCAUACAUGAUGAUAAAAUGUGUAUAUUACUUUUACAGGAUCCAUCCCACAACUGAUUGGCCUCCUCUGAAAACAACAGAUGACCACAUGUAAUGAGGAUUCAUUAUAUUUCACCUUUUUUUUAAUUAACUCAGAAUAUUGUUCAUUAGAAGCACAACACUUUAUAUUCUUACAAAAGCCUCAAGUACUUUGUAAUAUGUCUUCUUCUUCAAACCACCAUCAGCUUUUAGUCCCCAUAAAUGGGAAUAUUGACAACCUUCUAUUAUUAUACAUUAAAUGCUGAAUGAAGCAGGUAUGUUUGCUUUGAAAAUGGCUCUAACACACAAUUUUAUAUUUUUCAGGACCUAUCCACCUUUCCCACAGACCACAGAUGAUGACAAGUAUUUUUAUUUUUUAAUUUUUGCUUAAAAAUCUUGUUUUUGAUGCUGUUAAGAUGCUUCUGAUUUUAACUUUGUACCUCAGGAAAGCCAGCUUUUUCCUUCUAUAAACAAAACAAGUCCAUUUACGCUAAAGAUGAAAUAUGAUGACAUAAAUCAAAUCGUGUUUUAUUAAAUAAUAUAAGAUUUCAGUUUGCCUAAUAAUUGAUGAAAUCUGCUUUACAGGAUCAAUCCUUCCACCUACAGACCACCUAGAACCACAGAGGAUGACAGGUAAACAGAUUUACACUUUCACUGGAGAAAUUUUUUAAAGGACCAUCAGACAUUUGUCAUAAAUCUUUGGUGCAUCAUUCAUUUAUUGUGCAUUAUUUUCUCUUUGCUUCUUGCCAAAGCCUUUUUGGCUUCGCUCCUGGUUUGGCUUCCUGCCCUGUGCUCACCUUCCUGCUCGCACUGAUGCUCCUGAUACGCUGA